CGGAGGUGACAGUCUGCUUGCUGAUGUUCUCUGUUCUUCUCCAACAUUUAAAAUUAAUCUUUUAUUCUUCUCAUUUGUCCGAGUCCGUGGAGCGGAACAUAUCAGCAGACAUGUUGCAGCAGUUAAAGAAGAAAUGCUCCCUGAACAGCAGGAGUUGAAUAUGAGUGUCGACCAGAAGGAUGUUAAACAGGAAAAAGAGGAAGUCUGGACAAGUAACGAGAGACAGCAGCUUCACUGGCUGGACACUGAGAAGACCAAGUUCCGUUUUGCUCGUGUCCCUGUGAAGACUGAAAAUGAUGAUGAAAUACCACAGUCAUCACAGGUUCUUCAAAACUCAGACAUGUUGCAGCAGUUGGUGAUUAAAGAAGAAAUGCUCCCUGAACAACAGGAGUUGAAUCUGAGUGUCGACCAGAAGGACAUUAAACAGGAACAAGAGGAAGACUGGUCAAGUAACGAGGGACAGCAGCUUCACUGGCUGGACACUGAGAAGACCAAGUUCGGUUUUGCUCAUGUCCCUGUGAAGACUGAAAAUGAUGAUGAAAUACCACAGUCAUCACAGGUUCUUCAAAACUCAGACAUGUUGCAGCAGUUGGUGAUUAAAGAAGAAAUGCUCCCUGAACAGCAGGAGUUGAGUCUGAGUGUCGACCAGAAGGACAUUAAACAGGAACAAGAUGAAGUCUGGACAAAUAACGAGAGACAGCAGCUUCACUGGCUGGACACUGAGAAGACCAAGUUCCGUUUUGCUCGUGUCCCUGUGAAGACUGAAAAUGAUGAUGAAAUACCACAGUCAUCACAGGUUCUUCAAAACUCAGACAUGUUGCAGCAGUUGGUGAUUAAAGACGAAAUGCUCCCUGAACAGCAGGAGUUGAAUCUGAGUGUCGACCAGAAGGACAUUAAACAGGAACAAGAUGAAGUCUGGACAAAUAACGAGGGACAGCAGCUUCACUGGCUGGACACUGAGAAGACCAAGUUCUGUUUUGCUUGUGUUCCUGUGAAGACUGAAAAUGAUGAUGAAAUACCACAGUCAUCACAGGUUCUUCAAAACUCAGACAUGUUGCAGCAGUUAGUGAUUAAAGAAGAAAUGCUCCCUGAACAGCAGGAGUUGAAUCUGAGUGUCGACCAGAAGGACGUUAAACGUGAACAAGAGGAAGUCUGGACAAGUAACGAGGGACAGCAGCUUCACUGGCUGGAGACUGAGAAGACCAAGUUACGUUUUGCUCAUGUCCCUGUGAAGACUGAAAAUGAUGAUGAAAUACCACAGUCAUCACAGGUUCUUCAAAACUCAGACAUGCAGCAGUUGUUGCUGAUUAAAGAAGAAAUUAUCCCUGAACAAGAACAUCCCAGGCCAGAAGCAUCGUUGACGCACCAGUUCAGCAGUCCUCUCGAUACCCUGGUGGCCGUGCUCCUGAUGGAGUUGCUCAAGGACCUGUUCCCUGAGUACUGCUGGCAGGAGCAGUUGAAGACGUUCUUCCCUCCAUCAGACCGUAAAAGCUGA